AUGGCGCGCACAGUUCAAAUAGUGUUUGUAGCUCUGUUUUUCGCGCUACGAGGCAGCACGCCUGCGCGUUUUCCCGAUAUACUGCCAUCCUAUGGGUGGUGGUCGACCGGACUUAACUCAGACGAGACGCCAGAUGAAUCAAGUAAAGAUGUGCAAGUUGUUUAUUUACCCGCAUUGGUUCCACGUGAAGCACAGUCGACUGAGUUCUCGCCGAAAAGUGACGUCCCACUGCCCUACAGUUUUGAUGCCUUCGGCAGAAAUUUCGACUUACAACUUUUACCAAAUAGGAGGCUUGUAUCGCCUCAAUUUCGAGUUUGGUCGGAAGAUGGACCGGAUGAACCGCUAUCCAGCGUGGACUCCUCCUGUCACUUCUUGCACUCUGGUCCAGGAGCUGUCGCCGCUUUUUCGGCUUGUAAAGACCACACUCUUCAUGGUCUAAUUAUGACUGAAAAUUCAACGUAUGAGGUUCGCCCACUUCCUUCUGGACGCGCUAAAUCAAGUGGCGGUAGACGGGAACGUAUGGCGCAUGUUAUUCGACGAGCUCCUCCACCACCGUCCCCUCUAGACGACGCCAGACCGCUGCGUCAUACCGCCCGAAGACCACGAUACCGUCCAAACAAACCCGCACCGUCAUCGUAUACUAUUGAAAUAGCUCUGUUUCUGGAUGAGGCGGCGUACAAGCUCUUCUAUCCUCAUCUCAAUUACAAUGAAGCGGACUUGCGAGAUAUGCUACUCGCUUAUAUCAAUGGCGUGCAAGCAUUGUACCACCACUCUUCGCUCGGAACUAGUGUACAACUGUCGCUCGUGCGACUGACUCUAUUGCGCACGCAGCCGUCCUCCCUGACCGCGCACGCCGAGCGCGGACGCUUGCUCGACUCCUUCUGUGACUACCAGCGCUCCCUUAAUGUUGAUGACGACGACGAUCCUCAACAUUGGGAUAUGGCUUUGUUACUUUCUGGGCUGGACUUCUACUCAGAAGAAGGUGGGCACCGGAACGGCGUGACGAUGGGCCUGGCGCCCGUGGGCGGCGUGUGCCUGCCCGCGCACGCGUGCGUCGUGUCGGAGUUCGGCGCCGCGGACGCGCUCGGCCGCCCCUACCCCUCCGCCGGCUUCACCUCCGUCUACAUCCUCGCACACGAGAUCGGUCACAAUUUGGGCAUGCACCACGACGGUACGGGCAACUCAUGCGCUCGCGACGGCUACAUUAUGUCGCCUUCGCGCGGAACCAACGGCGAGGCGACGUGGUCGCACUGUAGCGCUCGAGUCGUCGCUGAUCUACAAUGGGCUACAUGUCUUUUUGACGGAGGAGAUGAAUUGGAUGUGCCGCAGGAACUUCAACAUGAAAGAUUCGGAGACGCUCCGGGAGUUAUGUGGGGAGCCAAGAAACAGUGCGAGGUGCUGCUCCGCGACAAGGACGCGGCGGCGGCGGAGGCGGGCGCGGGCGCGGGCGGCGCGGGCUCGCUGUGCGCGCAGCUCGCGUGUCGCUCCCCGCACCGAGCCGGCUACUACUACGCGGGCCCGGCCCUGCCCGGCACGGCCUGUGGACCUGGAAAGUGGUGCCAAGGUGGGGAAUGCGUAGCUGCGGACCCCGUGGUCGUGUCGAGCGUGGCUCCGCCGCGCGGGGGGGCGGGCGACACGUGGGGCGAGUGGCGCGCGGGCGCGUGCCGCUCGGGCUGCACGCUGCGCGGCCGCGGCGCUCGCGAGCGGCGCCGCUCGUGUCCGGACAAUGCCGUCUGCGAGGGCUCCUCGUAUGAUGUAGCGCUUUGCGAUGAUUCUAAGGUUUGCGGCAAGAAGAAGCGCGUGAGUGCGAGCGAGCUGGCGGCGCGCAAGUGCGGCGAGUACGCGGCGCGCCUUGCCGACCUCGACCCGCGCGGCGGCGGGCUGCAGGCGCCGCACGAUCCCACUCGGAUGUGGAUGGGCUGCGCAAUAUUCUGUCGGCGUGCGGAGGGUGGAGGGUUCUACGCACCGCGGGUGGAGCUCAACGAUGCGGGCCUGGAUCCUUACUUUCCUGAUGGCACGUGGUGUCAUCACGAUGGUUCUCAUAAUUACUAUUGCUUACAGCACCACUGUUUACCGGAGAAUUUCAAGAUGACUACCCAAUUUCAUAUCUGGGAGUUGCCGAGUGAAGACAUUAGUGGUGCGUUCAACGCAAGAGCGCGGGCGGCACCCGAAGACGCAGCGUCGGCUGCUCUCCGGGCCUACUUGUCUCUGGAUAAAGCUGGUACACCAUUGGCCCGAGCUGUGCUACCACCACAUAUUCCCGAAGAACCUGAAACCGACUGGGAAGUUCUCGACUACGUGGAAAUACCCGCAAGAAACAAAACCAACUAAAAUUGUAUUCAGUUAAUUGUAUUUUGAUGAAAAAAUGUUUCUUGCCAAAUUUAUUUUUAAGUAAAUUAAAUUUAAUAAAUAUAAAUUAAUAUAUAAGAAUAAAAAAAGUUACCUUAAGUGGGUUAUAGCAACAAAACGAUAAAAUGUAAGUAUCCAUAAAAUAUAAAGUUAUGUAUAUUUUUAUGCCUGAAGAUUGUUGAAACUAAAAUCAUUGCAUUUAUUAGAAUAGUUCGCUAGAUAUUUAAGUAUAUAGGAAUACUUUAUAUUCAAAUUAGA